AUGUCCCACCCACGGGACAGACAAACACGGUCGGUCACACCACCCCCACGGCACCGCGAGCCGUCGCCGAACACCGACGAAUCUCCCAGCACCCUUGACCACCCAAACCACAGUCCCUCCCAGGGACUUGAGGGCGGUGACCAAGCCAGAAGACACCACACCGUGAUGCAAACGGCCAUCCACCAUCCCCAGCCAGCCUUAUACAGUCACCAGCCGUGGGGCCCGCCCCCUGCGUACCCCCCAGGCCACCCGUCGGCAAACAACGGCCCCCUGGGCUACUACCCGUCGUCACACAACGCCUACCAGCCUCCGACAUACAACGCCCAGCAGCCGUGGAGCACAGCCCCCGCGUACCCUCCAGGCUACGAGCCGUGGGCAAACAACGCCAACCACGCGCCAGCGCCUCGGGACCCAUCGCCGCCACCUGCCCACCUGCCCCGCCAGCCUGGUCAUUCACCGCCAGCCACGCCGCCGUCCCCUCCACUUCGUCUUCGACCCGUCGAUCGCCACCGACCUGACAACCCCGACACUCACUGGAGAGGCCAUUGGGCCAGGAGGGCGCGGCGCAUGGGGUCUGACCGCCGCACGUGGACCAGGGAAGAAGAACAACAAGACACACAAGCACAACAGGAACCACGACGACAUCAAGGUCGCAGCCGUGGGCAAGGCCGCAGUCGUGACCGCAAUCGUGGUCGUGGUCGUGGUCGAGGUCGAGGUCGUGCAGGAAGGAACAUGCACAACGAGGCUUGGCAAGGCCAAGGCCCACAACCACCUCCCUUGGCGGACAUCUUUGGGGAAAACUCCAUGACCGACGCCGACUUCAGCCAGCCCACACUAGGCCCUCGGGGACAACACGAAGACGUAGAAGAGGUCUUCAGGUUCGGCAUGUUCGGGCAACGUGAUUCCUUUACGGGCGACCGAACCACCAACGGUGACCGUCGCCGGGACCCCGCCACCACUCCCUCUGCAGAUGGCACUGCUCACUCUGCGCCCCAAACCAACAGCCCUCCUGGUUCCCCAACACAGAACGGGGAAAGCAGUGCCAGUCCAUCCUCGGCCACACCAUCCCCUGCCGAACCCAACUCCCCCGGUGCACAUGUCAAUGGUAUAGAGUCCGCUCACACACGCUCUGCUUUUUCCCCAGUCAGGCAAACGAUUCCUGACCCGGACUCGGUGGUCGUCGAAAUCCCUCGCACACGCUCUGCUUUUUCCCCAACCAGACCAACGCCUCCUGACCCGGACUCGGUGGUCGUCGAAAUCCCCCGCACACGCUCUACUUGGUCCCCAACCAGACCAACGCCUGCUGACCCGGACUCGGUCAUCAUAAUCCCUCACAAUCCAGACAGACCCCGCCGAGGGGCCGGAGUGCGAAGAAAUCCAGCCUCCUCGUGGGCAAGGGAACACCCGCAUCUCACCCUGUGGGAGAUGCUCGCCUACCACAAUGCCAGAGCGUGGCUUGCGAACGCCGCGGCAUACCGCGCCGCUGUAGAGCAGGGAACCCGUGCUGAACCAUGGCUCGACGCAGAGCUCAACCCCGCUAGAAGGGAUAGGUCAGCCCUCUACCGGAAUUUCCUCGACCCCAGCCAGGACCAAACAACGAUCCAGGAUCGGAUCGACGAGUACACAGACGUGUUGCGCACACUGUCACCGGCCCGACACAAUGUGUACUGGGACACGACGUCGGGGCGGUGCUUCCGGAGACUACCGCUGGCGGUGACAAACCCAAGGAAUUGCUGGCUGACCCGCUACUUCAAUAACGAAGGGGUAACACUCAACUGCCCUUGCCAGAACGAGGAGGGUCCCGACAACCAGAGUGACUGCCCUUACAAGAACGCGGAGAAUCUCGACAACGACGGGAACUGUCCUUGCGUCGCGAUGUUACACACCAACCAUGUCCACCCGUCGGAUUCUGAUCCUCAGUUGACGUUGCCAACCGAAAGCACCGACCGCGAGGAGCUUAACCACCGGCGUCGUACGGCGUGGAAGAAGGUCGAGGGGGUGAUUCCUCCACCGGCCUCAGCCGGAGAGUCGGCCAUCCGCACCCUCAUCGACCACAUGAAGAUGUCCGCGUCUAUACCAGACGACGCCCUCGACGCCCUCAAGGCCGGCAUAACUAGCCAGGAGGCCGAGGAGUUGGACCACUGGAACCUUGGCCUCGACCCCAAAAGCGAGAAGACCUGGCUCAUGACACACUACCCAAGCUGCCCCGGCGUCCCCUUUGGCGGGGCCCCAAUGUGCGUCGAGAGCUUACACGCUAAAUCUGAGGACGACGAGACGCAAACGAUCCUGAGAUUCAAGUCAGGCUUCACCUGCCACCGCCACCGCGAUCCAGACAUUCCGGAACCCAAGCCCGAAGACAAGGACAUGUGGGGAGCCCUGGUGUGGCCCAUGUGCCCUGGUGAGCCCGAUGGAGGGAUCUGCAUCAAGUUGAUUCCCUGCACCAAACGCGACAAGGCCCCGAUGGGCACCCGAUUGUUCGGCAUGCCGGGGCCCUGUGACAAGCACGCCCUCGAAGAGUGGGGUUUGCCCAUCGCCAACCGACGCCGACGCCGUUAA